UUGUCCAUGCACUCCCAUUGAGAUAUCACGUAGGCAUUUCGGACAACAGGAGUGAAUAAAAGGACGAUCAGAUGUUGACCUCUCGGGCUCUCGUGCGCGGGUUCAAGAUUGGGUUUUGGAGACCACUUUCAUCAACCUGUAGUGUGCAGGCUGUUCAUGGAAAAGAUGUCAGCGCCGAUGUGCUUGACUGCUCUGCGCCACAGUACUACAAUCGUCUGGACACACCUCUUCCUGACAUUCCGUUCGUUAGGAACCUGAACUCUGAGCAGAAGCAGCUCAAGGAGAAGGAGAAGGGGCCAUGGACCAAACUCACCAGGGAGGACAAAAUUGCAUUGUACCGUCUGACCCAUGAGCUGAGCUACCCUGAGAUGAGGAAAGGGUCCGAUGAGUGGAAGUCUGUGGUCGGAGGAGUCUUCAUCUUCCUUGGUUUUUCUGGCUUGCUGGUCUGGUGGCAGAGGGUCUUCGUGUAUGGCGAUGUUCCUCACACUCUGUCUGAGGAGUGGGUGGCGAAACAGACUCAGAGGAUGCUUGACAUGAAGGUGAACCCCGUCGAGGGAUUCUCUUAUCACUGGGACUACGUUAAGAAGCAGUGGAAAUGAGAACGUGCGGACGUGUUGUGUUGGGUCAAAAAUAUAAAUGACCGAUUUUUCUUGGUACGGCCGGAUGGAAAUUGAAAGGUAAUUUUCUGAUUGCGCUGACGUAUGCAGACCUUCACUGUGAAUAGUGUCCGCGAACUCUGGAAUAUAUGCUUUCAAUUUUUACCAAGCCAUACUAUUGAUCAUACACAGUAUGCUUUGAAUCGAGAUUACAUUAAUUCUAUAAACCUAA